AAAUAUAGAAAGAACUAAGAAAGUUGCUGAGAAUCCAGAAAAAGUGAAAAUGCUGCUCUUGGGGCUGGUGGUCUGUGUGGCCUUUGGGAACUUGCACCCCGAAGUAUCUGGAAGAGAGCUGACCCUGGUGGAUCCUGAAAUACAUAUGAAUGUGACUGAAAUUAUCUCUCGUUGGGAUUUCCCUGCUGAGGAAUACUUCAUUGAGACCAAAGAUGGUUAUAUUCUUGGCCUUCACCGAAUUCCUCAUGGCAGGAAGAACUUUACUGACAAAGGUUCUAGACCAGUGGUUUUACUGCAGCAUGGUUUGCUGGCAGAUUCCAGUAAUUGGGUUACAACCCUGCCCAACAACAGCCUGGGCUUCAUUUUGGCUGAUGCUGGUUUUGACGUGUGGCUGUCCAACAGUCGGGGAAACACCUGGUCUCGGAAACACAAGACACUCUCAGUUUCUCAGGAAGAGUUCUGGGCCUUCAGUUAUGAUGAAAUGGCAGAGUAUGACUUACCAGCUAUUGUUGACUUUAUUCUGAAGAAAACUGGCCAAGAACAAUUGUAUUACGUAGGUCACUCUCAAGGCACCACAAUAGGUUUUAUAGCAUUUUCACGCAACCCUGAGCUGGCUAAAAAGAUCAAGAUGUUUUUUGCGCUGGGUCCCGUGGCUUCCCUCAAAUUCGCCACUAGUCCCCUGGUUAAACUUGAACAUAUUCCAGAAUUUCUCUUGAAGGACAUACUGGGGACCAAAGAGUUUCUUCCCCAGAAUAACUUUAUAAAGUGGAUGAGUGCCCAUGUUUGCACUCAUGUUGUUCUGAAGGAGCUUUGUGGAAACCUCUUCUUUGUUAUCUGUGGAUUCAACGAGAGAAACCUAAAUAUGUCUAGAGUAGCGGUUUAUGCAGCACACAAUCCUGCUGGAACUUCUAUGCAAAAUCUCUUCCAUUGGCGUCAGACAUAUAGGUUUCACCAGUUACAAGCCUAUGACUGGGGAAGUCGGGGCAAGAAUUACUUUCAUUACAACCAGAGUAGUCCUCCCAUUUACAAUGUGAGCGACAUGAACGUGCCCAUUGCUGUCUGGAGUGGGGGUCACGACACUCUCGCAGACACCAAAGAUGUCUUGAUGCUCCUGUCCAAACUCCCCAACUUGGUGUACAGCAAGCUCCUUCCUGAAUGGGAGCAUCUCGACUUUAUCUGGGGCCUUGAUGCCCCCUGGCGGCUCUAUAAGGAAAUCAUUAGUCUAAUGAGGAAGUAUUCAUGAGAGGCAGACUGCAGUUGACCUAAUCUAGGGCCCACAUUAACCUUCUCUCUAAGUGAUAAUGACGUCUCUCUAAAUAAUAGAUUUUUCUUCUCUAAGUCUUUAAAUGACAUGGAUAGUGCCUUAUUCUCUCCAGUUAGGAUGAGAAGCACAGUCAUUCUGUUAUGUUUAUUUAAGCAGUGCUGAAUGGGAAAGUCAUGUUCCAAUCAAGGUGCAUUCCUUCUCUCUUAGUAACCCAAAACAUGGGACUAGGUCAUGACCACAGUUUACAAUGUAAUUCUAGAGCAAGAGAGACACUACAGGGUUUAAGGCACAUAUAGAUGACCCUAUUCACAACACUGCAUAUAGCCCUCCCCAAACACUGCCAUAAGUAAGCCCUACGCAGUUUCAGGUGUGGUCCCAAAUUCAAAAUAAAUAGUAAUGAUGAAGAGUAAAUAAAUAAAUAAAUAAGAUUAAAAUAAUAAUAAGCAAUAUUAAUAAAUAGCAUGAAACUAUUGCCAUUUGAGCUCCACCCUGGUUACUUUGACUUAUAAGUUGGGAUUUUUAGAUUGCAAGUAACCUGUAAUUGAUUGGAAACUCAGUUCCAACUUUUUAUCUUAAUGAACUCUCCCGUGGAAAGGCCUUGUAGUUAGGAAACUAAAUGACCCAUUUUCUUGGUGUCCUGCAGUUGGUACAGUGUGAAAUCAAUGACACCCAGCUAUGAUAGUUCUCUAGUGAGUGAUUAGACUUAGUGGCAAAGUUGUUACUUCGAAAAUGUUGAUAUUAUUUAGCAAAUGGCUCAGAUUUCUCUAGAGAAAGCCUGCAAAAACAGGCUGGGGAGAUAGGUCAAAUGGCUGGAAUGUAUGUCUCAUAGGGCAAGGGCAUUGGGAUAGAUUCUGAGCAUCAGAUGCUCCCCAGCACCACUGGUGCUCUCUGAACACUUUGGGAAGGCCCUGAAAGUUGAACAAAAUAGAAACUGCAACACAAGCUAGGGUCCUGGAAAACAACAAAGACAACUGUCUUGAAUUCUUGAGUUUGCAAGUUCUGUAUUUUCUUUUUCUUUUGCAGCAUUUAAUUGUAGGCCUUGUCUCUAAAGAACAGCCUGUGAGAGAGACUGUUUUCCCUAAGCUUUAUAUACACCUGAACCAGCUACUAUGGCUCAGUGAAAAUGGUUGUAAAUCAUGGGGCCGGGGAGAUAGCAUGGAGGUAAGGCAUUUUUUGCCUUUCAUGCAGAAGGUUGGUAGUUCGGAUCCCGGCAUCCCAUAUGGUCCCCCGUGCCUGCCAGGGGCGAUUUCUGAGCAUAGAGCCAGGAGUAACCCCUGAGCACUGCCGGGUAUGAUCUAAAAACCAAAAAAAAAAAAAAAAAAAAAGUUGUAAAUCCAAAGUUUCCUGUCAAGUGUCCUAGUUAAUUUUCAUGCAAAAUAACUGUGAAUCAAAUGCUUUAAGAUGUAAUCUCAGGGAUUCCUUCUUUUUAUUUCUAUUUUGUAUGUGCCCCUACUGUUAAUGGGCCCAUAUAAAAAUUGUGCCCCAAUCCUCAGCAAGCUUUUAUUCUCCUGUGUUUCUUACAGUAUAAUUUUCUUACAAUACUGCUGGAUGGACAGGAUGAAGAUUGCUAAGUUUUUCUUUCUGUUUGCAAUAAUUGACAGUAUUGGUUCAUAAGUGUUGGUUAUUUUGUGUAGACCGAUCAGUAUGACUCUGUAGCAUUUUAAAAGUCAGAAACCUCAAUAAAAUUCUGCUACAUCUUCUAGGCUGAA